UAGGUGGGUCAAAAUCAGGUUGGAAUUCUCAACUUGACCCAACCCAUUUAAUUAAACGGGUUGGAUCAGGUCGACCCAUUUAAUUAAACGGGUUCAAAAUUUUGACCCAAUCCAUUAUUAAUGGGUUGGGUUCGGGUCGGGUUGGGUAAUAUUUUGCCAGCUCUAUUCUCGUGGUAGGGCCGUUGAGGGAAAGAACAAAGUACGUCAAACACUAUAAACAUUAUUUCUCAUACGCAAAGAAAAGACUUCCAUGCGAAGCAAAUGAGGAAGAACCAACUACAGUCAAGUAGUCAACACUCUUAAUUCUCCACUUCAAAAUCUCAUACUCACACUACUAAACUAUCCAUUUUCAAAAUCUUCACUUUCCCAUAUCCUUUUUCUCCAAGAGAGUGUCUUUUUUCAACAUUAUACUUUGAUCAACUUCAAAAUCCUAGUCUUUGUUGUUUAUGCAGACAUUCUGGUAAAAUGGGAUCAGAGAAAAACGAUAGAGUUUCUGUGGUUACUCAGCUUAGUUUUGGCGGGUUUGGCAAUGAUGUAACUGCCAAAAUGUUUGCUGACUACCUCGGUAAUGAAUUGGGAGUACUUGUUUUGAGGUGUAGAUUGAAGAAAUCAUGGACCCCGCCAGAGUCAUAUCCGGACUUCCAAAUUCAAAAUUUUGAAGAUUUAGAGAAUACAGAUGAUUAUGAGAAGGUGGAGCCCCAUGCCUUCGUGCAUUUUGCUAGGCCUGAAUCAGUGUGUCGGGUUCUUGAUGCCGCAGGGCGUGGUGAUCUUAUUCUGUCUGGGAAAGUACUCAAAGUGAGUACAGGACCUCAGAACCCGUUGCGGAUUAAUGAGAGGAGGAUGACAACUACUCCAAUUAAGUUGACUGAUGUUCGUCUUGACAUUGGGACUCUUGUCAGUCGGGAGGAACUGAUUGUGGGGUGGAAAGGUCCUCCUACUGGUAUUGAUUUUCUUGUAGAUCCUUUUAAUGGAACCUGCAAGUUCCAAUUUACUAGGGAGACUGUCUUCUCUUUCAAAGAUGAAAGGAAAAAUGCCAUAAUCAGAUGCAAUUUUAAAGUGGAAUUUUUGGUCAGGGAGAUCAAUGAAAUCAAAGAAUAUAAAGAUCUUGCAGCAUUAGUUAUCUUGUUGCAGCUGUCGUCUUCUCCUUUGCUCUCGUACCGUUCAGCAGAUGACGAUAUUUUUGAGCCCAUUCCGAUUGAUCUUUUGGAUGACGAUGAUCCUUGGAUAAGGACAACAGAUUUCACACCGAGUGGGGCAAUUGGCAGGUGUAAUUCGUACAGAAUCUCACUCUCGCCUCGUAAUCGUGGCAAGCUAAAUAGAGUUAUCAAGUAUCUUAUGGAACGACGAGUCUCAGUUGAGUAUCCUAAACAGCUACUUAGGGUCACCGAUGAGCAUAAUCAUUGUUUGCGGAACUUAUCUGAUCCCUUUUUUUGUGUUCAAUAUGAAGAAGGGGUUCCAUUUGAAGUCACCUUUAUGCUGAAUGCUGCUGUGCAUAAAGGAAUCAUAAAUGAAUACCAGCUAUCUGGCAAAUUCUUUGAUCUGCUUAGAACUCAAUCAGCAGAGGUCAAUUUAGCAGCAUUAAGGCACAUCUGUUCUUACAAGCGCCCUGUAUUUGAUGCUUACAAGAGGCUGAAACUAGUCCACGACUGGCUGCUUAGGAAUCCUAGGCUGCUGAGGGACCCAAAAAAGUUGUCUGAUAUCGUAGAAGUCAGGAGGCUGAUCAUCACCCCAACGAAAGCCUACUGUCUUCCACCUGAAGUCGAACUUUCCAAUCGGGUUCUUAGGCAUUACAGGGAUGUGUCUGAUCGGUUUUUAAGAGUAACUUUUAUGGACGAAGCAAUGCAGAUGUUGAACUCCAAUGUCCUUUCCUAUUAUGCCCCCCCUAUUGUGAAGAUGAUCACGUCAAAUACAUAUCUUCAGAGGACAUCGGUUUUCAAGAGGGUGAACGUGAUGUUAAAGCAAGGUUUCAAGUUGUGUGGGAGGACUUACACCUUCUUGGCUUUCUCCUCCAACCAGUUGAGGGAUCGAUCUGCUUGGUUUUUUGCUGAAGACAAGAAGGACAAGAGAUUAACUGUAACUAGCAUCAGAAACUGGAUGGGGAAGUUCACCAACAGGAACGUUGCUAAGUGUGCUGCGAGGAUGGGACAGUGUUUCUCAUCCACAUACGCAACCGUUGAAGUUUCACCAGACCAUGUUGAGUCGGAGCUUCCUGAUAUUGAAAGGAAUGGUUAUGUCUUCUCUGAUGGAAUCGGCAUUAUAACACCAGAUCUUGCCCUUGAGGUUGCGGAAAAACUGCAAAUGAAAGACAAUCCACCUUGUGCAUAUCAGAUCAGGUUUGCAGGUUGCAAAGGUGUUGUGGCAUGCUGGCCCACCAAAAAUGACAACAUCAGAAUAUAUCUCCGGCCAAGUAUGAACAAGUUUCAGUCAAGGCACACAGUUGUUGAAGUCUGUUCAUGGACAAGAUUCCAACCAGGGUUUCUGAAUCGGCAAAUCAUUACCUUACUGUCAGCACUCGACGUUUCUGACGAUGUUUUUUGGAGAAUGCAGGAAACAAUGAUAUCUAAGCUAGAUCAGAUGCUGCUGAACACUGAGGUUGCAUUUGAUGUUCUAACAGCUUCAUGUGCUGAGCAAGGAAAUACAGCAGCUAUUAUGUUAAGUGCCGGGUUUAAGCCACAAACGGAGCCACAUCUCCGUGGCAUGCUGUCUUGCAUUAGGGCAGCGCAGCUGGGGGAUUUAAGAGAGAAAGCUAGAAUUUUUGUGCAAUCGGGCAGAUGGUUGAUGGGCUGUCUAGAUGAAGCUGGUGUUCUUGAACAAGGGCAGUGCUUUAUACAAGUAUCAAAUCCUUCACUCCAGAACUGCUUUUCAAAACAUGGUUCGAGGUUUUCAGAAGUGAAAAAGGAUUUACAGAUUAUAAAGGGCCUCGUUAUAGUUGCUAAAAAUCCUUGUCUCCAUCCAGGAGAUAUAAGGAUCUUAGAGGCUGUAGAUUCCCCAAAGUUGCAUCAUCUUUUUGACUGUCUUAUCUUCCCUCAGAAGGGGGAGAGACCACAUACAAAUGAAGCCUCUGGUAGUGAUUUGGAUGGUGAUCUUUACUUUGUCAGUUGGGAUGACAAUCUCAUCCCCCCUAGUAAGCGAAGCUGGAUACCUAUGGAGUAUACACCUGCUGUUGUAAAGGAAUUGCCGCGUGCAGUGAACCAUCUGGACAUAAUCGAUUUCUUUACAAAGAACAUGGUCAAUGAAAAUUUAGGCACAAUCUGCAAUGCCCAUGUUGUUCAUGCUGACCUUCAUCCAUAUGGAGCCUUAGACGAGAAUUGUCUUAAAUUAGCAGAACUUGCUGCAUUGGCUGUGGAUUUCCCAAAGACAGGCAAGAUAGUGACAAUGCCUAACAAUUUGAAACCAAAAUUGUAUCCUGAUUUCAUGGGAAAACCAGAGAAUCAAUCUUACACGUCUGACAAGAUUCUCGGAAGAUUAUACAGGAGAAUCAAGGAUGCUUUUUAUGAUCAAGACAGUCCUCCCUCUUCUGAAUUAAAUGUCAGUCCUGGGGAUAUAACCUACGACACAGAUCUUGAGGUUCCAGGUUCAGACGAAUUCACCAACGAGGCGUGGAGUCUCAAGUGCUCUUAUGUAGGACAGCUUAGUGGUCUGAUGGCACAGUAUAAGGUCAGCAAUGAAGAGGAGAUUGUCACAGGACAUGUAUGGUCGAUGCCCAAGUCCAGCAGCAAGAAGAUUGGGGAGCUCAAGGAAAAACUCAAGCAUGCUUAUAGUUGUCUGAAGAGAGAGUUUAGGCAACAUUUUGAUAAACUCGGUGCUGAUGUUGAACAUCUGAGUGAUGAGGAGAAGAAUUUGGUUUUCGAGAAGAAGGCUUCAGCAUGGUAUCAAGUGACUUAUCAUCCUGAAUGGGUGAAGAGGUCAACUGAGUUACAAGGCCCAGAUGGCGAGGGACUGGCAGAUGUGAUUUUGAGUUUUGCUUGGGUCCCAGCUGAUUACCUUGCUCGUAUCAAGGUAAAGCGUGGAUGUAAGGGAACCCAGGAUGAUAUGCAGAAGCCUAUUAAUUCUUUGGCAAGCUACCUUGCGAAGUGCAUGCAGAUAUCCUGAAUGCUCCUGUUUGUUGACGUACAUCGGCCGCAGGGCCACUCUGCCAUUUUUUGUGUAAGCUCUUCCUUGUCGACUUGUCUCUCUUUUGAUGUUGCAAAUACUAUAGUCUAUGCCACAGCUUCAAAUCUCAAUGUGUGAUCUUAUGGAACUAUCUAGUGGCCAUUUGAGCUGUAUUUAUUUUCAAGUUCUUUGUUUGAUGGUAUUCCCUAUAUUGCAAAAGUAAUGUAUUACAGUAUGAGCAAUAUAUCUCAGAAGUUUGCUGUAAGUGUGAUUGGUUAUCAGAGUUGUUCAUUCUAGCAAGGAUAUAAUUGCUGGCAAAAUAAUGAUAUUCUCCUUUAACAAAAUAUUAUCCUCCAGUCUUUCAUUCUUCUUUC